UCGGGGAGGUGCGUCUCCGGCAUGGCUGCAGCCGACCCUGGGGACCCGGCGCCAGCGCCAAACCCUGCCGGGCUACUGCUGGGCCAUAUCGUGGCCUCGGGGACAGUCGCUCAGGAGAUAUUAGAUAUAUCUAAGAAAUCUACUCCUUGCUUUGUGAACUUCUCCAGGCUACAGCAGAUCACAAAUAUUCAAGCUGAAAUCAAUCAGAAAAACCUGGAGAUUGAACUUCUAAAACUAGAAAAAGAUACAGCAGACAUUGUUCAUCCUUCUUUUUUGGCUCAAAAGUGUCAAACUCUGCAAAGCAUGAAUACUCAUUUGGAAGCAGUGCUAAAAGAGAAGAGGUCCCUCAGGCAAAGACUGUUGAAACCCAUGUGCCAGGAAAACCUGCCUAUUGAAGCAGUUUAUCACAGAUACAUGGUACAUUUGCUGGAGUUGGCAGUGACUUUUAUUGAGAGAUUAGAAACCCACCUUGAAACAAUUAGAAAUAUUCCUCAUUUAGAUGCAGAUCUAAAGAGAAUGAGCAAGGCUUUAGCCAAGAUGGAUAUUUUGGUGACUGAGACAGAAGAACUGGCAGAGAAUAUACUCAAGUGGCGAGAACAACAAAAGGAAAUUUCCUCUUGUAUCCCCAAAAUAUUAGCUGAAGAAAAUUAUCUUCACAAAUGUAUUGUAACACCAUAACGCCUUCUUUAUCUUUACUUCUAAAGUUUAUGUCCAAACUAUUAAUGCCAAAUGAUACAACUUGUUCAAUUAAGCAAAAA